AUGGUUCUGUUCGCCGGUAUAAUGGGAAGCGUUGGUGAUCUAGUAGCAAAAGCUAAUAAAGUGAAAGCGGACUGGCAACAGAGGAUGGAUGGUUUGAAACAAUUCAUGACGUACAGAAAUCUACAUGCCGAAUUCCAACGCCGUGUAUUGAAAUAUUGUGAAUAUGAAAUGGCAAAACAAGAGAAGAUGACAGAAGAAGAAAUGCGGGAUACGCUGCCACCAAAGUUAUAUACACAGGUUAACAAGUAUAUGCAAUGGACGAUUCUGACAACAUCACCGUUGUUUGAGAGCUGCGAAACACCAUUUCUGAAAGACCUGGCUGCUUAUUUGGAACCACGUGAUUACGGUCCAGGUGAUGUGGUCUGCGCAAGGGGAGAGUUGAACAAGGUGAUCUGA